AUGGCAGAUUCAUCAAAAUCCGUUAAUAUCGACAAUAUUGUUCCUGUCUUCAAACAAACCGAUAAUGAUAAUCAAAAUGAAACGUCGGUUAAACUUGAACAACAUGAUCAAUGGAUUAACAAUUCCAUUUUUUUUCGAAAAAUUACUCAAGAUAUUUCAAUGUUGCCCACAAUAUCAGUCGUUCCAAAAAAAAAUUCUUCUGAAUCAAAUCCAAUCAGUAGCAAAGGUUCUGAAGUGUCUCCUGAUAAAAAUGAGCCACGUGAAAUAAAAUUAUAUUCAGCCGCUCAAUUUCGUUCACAUAUUAAUCGUUUGUAUCCAUUUCAUUUGGAUUAUUUUGCUGAUAAAUUAUCAUCACUUGAUUUUGAACAACAUCGAAUGGGUUUAUAUUUAUUCUAUGAUAUUAAUAAUGGAUAUUUAAUUAAUGAUCUUGAAAAAGAAUCGAAUAAAAAAACAAAUCGAGGAAAAAAUAUGAAAAGAAUGAAUGGUUUACUGCUGAAUGAACAUCGAAUGUUUAACGAAUAUGCGAAAGAAUAUGCUGUAAAACAUGUAACAAGAGAUUAUGAAGCAGUAAAAUUAACGAUCAACCAAUUUAUGCAAGCAUGGCUUCAACGUAAAACUGAUUUUUUGAUCAAACAAACAAAAUUAAUCAGACAACAUUAUGCACAGCGUAUGUCUAUUCCAUUGAAUUCUUAUGAUUCAUUGACACCUAUUACAUUUGUUAAUUUGUCUACUGCUUUGCGUGUGGGCACAAUAUCUUUACUCACCAUUCCACAAAAUAUUGAACAAAUGAAUAUUAAGUGUAGUGAUAAUCAUGAUCGAGUUGUAACAAAUCGUUUCAAUCCAAACUAUCGAUUAACUAACCUGGUGGAUGAUCCAAACCUUCUGGCUAUACUAUCUCAAAAUCCAACAAUUGACAUUGUAAUUUCAAAAUCAAGUUUUUAUCUGUUAAUUGAAUUAUUCUCUACAUCGCCAUCAUCAUCACCGAUGACUUUACCUAUGUCUGUUCGAGAAUUUCAGUUAGAAACAGUAGAUAAUCCUAAUUCUAUUCCAAAUAAGAAAAAAAUAAUUUUUAUUGAUAAACCGUUACGUCAACGUAGUUAUACAAAACGAGAAUUGAAUUAUAAAUUUUUUCAACGAUCAUUUCGUUCAUUAUUAUUAUCAACAACUGGAGGAAAACGAGAAACAACUGAUAAUCAAUUUAACUACUCUAGUUUUAAUAAUAAAACAGAAUUUGAAAUAACUGAAAUGAAAAAUAAAUCGAUCGAAAAGCCAUUAAUUGAACAAACUGAUCAAGAAGAAGAGAAAAAAGUUACCGACGAUGAAGAUGAAGAUGACGAGGAUGCAAUGAUUAUUAGUACAGGUGCUGACAUUGAGGAACAACAAAAACUAUUCAAUAAAUCUAAACAAAAAUUUAUUCAUUCAGCACCUAUUCUUCAAGAACGAGAAACAAAUAAUUCAGAAAAUACGUCGAAUAAUAAUCAAGGCGCACCAGUGCCUGUUGUUAGUCGUGUUAAACUUGCUACACCUAUUCAAGGUAAUUAUGAAUAUUGUUUAUGGCAAUUAGGAACAGUUCAAAUACUUAUUCGUUCUUCUUAUCAUGGAUUUUGUCGUCAUGUACUUGCUAAUGAUAAUACGAAUGACGAAAUAACAACAUGUUAUGCAAAACUUGAAUAUCAACCACAAUUUGGUUGCGAACAAAUUACAGAUAAAGAAUAUCGCUUAAUUUGGUUCGAAUCUUAUUUGCGACAUGGAGCGACUGUUCUUCUUGGUCGAAUAAAUGUAUUUACUCAACAUUUACUUAAAAUAGAAAAAAUGACUUAUGACAAUAUUGACAAAAAUCUUAAAGAAUGUCAAAUUGAUAUGUUAAAACCAAUUACAAAAACUUAUGGAUUAUUAUAUGGUUUACAAAGUUUGGAACCAAACAAUUAUCUGCUAUCAUGUUCAUUAAAUGAAAAUAACCUUAAUCUUUAUCAAAUAGUGUCAAAAGAAUGCACUGAAAAAGCAUUUGAUCUUCAUUCUGAACCAUUUGAAUCGAACGAACUUCUUAUUGAACCUGAUCAUAUUACUGUACCAUGGAUCCCAUUAACACCAACUCUUCUAUUACCGUUUCAUCUUGAUUUUGAACGUAUUCCAUUAACAUUUUGUCCACGAAAUAAACGUUUCUAUGACAUUGAUAUCACAAUUCCACCACAUCGAAAGCAACGAAAUGUUGCUGUACAGGACGAGAAAACGAAUCAAGACAAGAAGAAACGGAAAAAAACGAGAAAGAAAAACGCUCAACGUCGGAAAAAGAAAAAUACUGAGCAAUCAAAAGAAUGA